GCACGUAGUCAGCGGGGAAGCGAAGAUCAGCCGCAACAUUGACUGACUCUUGCACAACAAGUGAAAGUCCGCUGCUUUCUCCCGAGAAAAUCCGACGCGUUUGUUGCCCAGUCACUGCUCCUGCUGGCUUCCAGGCUAGUCAGUUCUCUGGCUGGUGAUAAAACCCAUACCUUCCGAAAACUUGUCUCAAAUAUCGAAUGUGUACAAAGUAGCAAGCAAAAUCUGCCAAGAAAUGUGUAAUGAUGGUUAUUCUUAAAUCUCAACAGGUUGAUUUAAAUUGACACCACUUGCUGGCCAAAUUAAAACGGCUAAGCCGUCGUAGGAUGAAUGAACUACACGGUGCCAAAUAAAUUGAAAUUAAAAUGAGUUUAUGAAUUUGCCAACUUAAAUAAGGUCAAUGGCUCAUCAGUAGAGGGUUUCGCCAAUACUAAAGGAGAAAAUUAGCUUCUGAGAUUACGGGUUCUGAAAUGAAAAUGUUGGCGAGACACCGUCGGGAGGAGCUGAUUUGUCAACAAAAUUUGGCAUCAUCAUCUUCCUCGGAGGAAGACACGGAUCAACUGCAGCCUCCUCCCGUUCGGAGAAAGCCCGUUGGCCGAAAGAAAGCGUCCCCCCAAAAGAGAGGCAUGACCCUUGCCUUGACAUCAGGAGUCUUUGCUGCAUUGGCCGGCACCUUUGGGAAAUUGGCAAUCAACCAGGCAGAAACAAUUUCUGUGUGCGAACAAGUAUCAAAUUAUCAAUUCAAGUUCUCAACGCAUGAUGCGUUUGUCCUAUGCGAAAAUGCCUCCGUGUACAUUCGAAUUGUUGCAUUCGUCACAAUGAUCUUACUGAACACUGUAAUGUGGACAACUUUUGUGAAGGCAUUGCACUACUGCAGCACAUCACUGGAAGCAACUAUUACAAACACGGCUGCAAAUUUUUUCUCCUCGGCAAUUGUGGGGCAGCUCGUGUUUGAUGAGUCCGUCAGUUUAAUGUGGGGGUUUGGGACAGUUCUCAUAAUUUGUGGCCUACUGCUAAUGAAUUACGGCGGUGGUGGCAAGACUGGUGCUGAAUUACGAGAUUACCGUAAAAAAUCCAAGAUUCGUUAACUCGUUAUUAACGUCCAAACUCCGUGCCAUAAUAGGAAUAUAUACAGUCAUGCAGGCUGUAUAUCCCAGCAGCAAUGUUUUAGUAAAGCAAAUCUAUUAUAAAUAUUGAUUAUUGCACGACUGUAUUAGUGGUUGUGUAUGUUAUUACUUCAGUUCGGCAGAUAUCCUAUUUCCUCUACUAUUUUUGCUCUGUACAAUUUGGGAACAAUCUGUGAGAAGCUAUUUUUAAUGUAUUACAUGCCUGUGGCCAACACCAUGACUGUAUUUUCAUUAUUAUGAACCUUUAAUAGGUACAUUAUGAUUUAUGUUUGGAUAACUCUACGAAAGUUACCGUUUAGUACAAAAAUUUCCAAGUCAAAGUCUGUCAUAAUAAUAAUAGCUUUAUAAAUAAUUAGAACAGGAUGAUGCAGGUUUCAAAGUCAACUCAAGUCAAUAAUAUGCUAAGUACGCAUUGUUAUAGUUAGUUAAUUGGUGUCGUUAAAUUAGUGUUGAUGCCUUCCCGAGCAGCGGAAACAAGCUCGGAAAAAUUUUUCAAGUGCUAAACAAGUUUAAUCGUAAAGUAAAUUAAUUGCACGAUCUCAAUUAUUGACAAAAAAUUAUAGAUUCUGGAUAUAUUUGUUAAAAAAUUGUGUACGAAAAAUUCAGGUGACAAAUAUUACCAACUAAUGUACUUAUUUAUAUAAAUCGAACAAAAUUUUAUCAUUCCAUUCCAUGCAUUACUAUACAUAAUUAUAUAUGUACUUUUACAGCACUUUCUGCAUUUGUUUCAAACUUUAGAAUAAUAAUAAUAAAAAUCGCACGUCAAGUUAACUCUUAGAAAA